AAAUCAGAGAACGCGAGAGAGAGAGGACGAGCAUGGAAGGAUGGUCACGCUCCCUGUGACCUAUAGCACGCCAGUCUCCUCUUCUUUAACGUCACAAGGUGCGCGCAACAAAAACGAGCCACCAUCAGCUGAGUUCUUCACAUCGCAACGUGCGCGAACGAGCGAGCCACCAUCUGCUGAGGUUGUCACACUCGUCCAACUCUUCCGUUCACAUAAAUACUCAAAAAACGCGGGUACUUGGACCUAUACACGCUGAUUUAUGUCAUUUCUAACCGACAGGAGUUCAGUGGAUAUUGUGAAUUUUCUGCAAAGGGAAUUAGCUCGCGAGCUCCGACUCUUAAACUGAUUUGAAAGCGGGAAGCGCGAGAGGGGACGCCGAGCCAAUAAAUAGAAUCUGGCCGUUUUAACGGUCGCCGUCGGCAUGAAACCCACGGGGGAAACGUAAAAACGGACUCUUAAAAGAACUUAAAACGGACUCUUUCACGUAAGAAAAAUACAAACAUUGAGAAAAGGAUUCCUUCAGACAAACCGUUGGUUUCAGAACUUGGACAGCUCCCUCGUGCAGCCGCCUACACACAGUAGCCAACCAAAACGACCGUGAGAGGAUACAUCGAAACUACUGCACAAAUCCGAACCAGUUCUUCUCAGUUCACCCCAGAACAUCUUGACGCCAUGGCCGGUGUACUUCAAGGAGAGAAGCAGCUUUUUGAGAAGUUCUGGAAGGGCACGUUCAAAGCCGUGGCAAUGCCGAGACCCGAGAGCAUCAUCGUCGCCAGCAUCACCGCACGGAGAGCCGUGAAAAAACUGGAGACAGCAGUUAGCCUAGCACCCAAAGACGAUGAGGAAAAAGUGAAAACAAAAGAUGCAGUUGCAAAAACCCAUAAGAAAAAUGGACACACAAAAUGCAGAGGACGUAAACGCCAUAGUCACCGGCAAGUUCAGAGUGUCUCUUUUGAUACUGAUCUGUCCCCUCGUCCAGUCCCUAAAGCAAAGAAAAAGAAGAAGAAGUCACAGAGGAAGAGGAGGAGACACAGAUCGCCCUCCUGCAGUCCAUCUCCUGUGAGAAAGAAGAAGAAAAAGAAGAGCUCAAAGAAAAGGAAGCAGCAAAGGUCUACCUCAAGAAAGGGACGACACAGUGGCUCAAGUCCCAGACGUAAAAGAAAGGAGGACAAAAAUUAUAAAAAGAGGGCAAGGAGCCACUCUCAUCGCAGACACCGGCGCUGGAAAGCAGAAAUUAGGAGUUCUUCCUCUAUGGAAAACAGAUCUGAAGAUUGUGAAAAAUCUGGUUUCCAAGACAGUGGCCAUUCAUCAGCUGUCCAUGGAGUCAAUGCAUGCAGGUCGGCAAUCAAGCUGACCAGUAAAAUCUCCCCUAAGUGCUGCUGCCACUUUUCUGAAAGCACCGUUUCACCAUCAUGUUCUGGGGUUGAGGGUUUAAACAAAAUGGUGAUUGUCCAGGACUCAAUAUCCAAUAAGGGCAAAGGACAUGCAGAUUACGAUUCGGGAAAUGACACGUCCUCUCCGCCGUCAAGUAAAACAGGAAUCACAAAAUCAAAGGUUACUGGAAAAGGAAAGUUCUUGUGUCAGGAUCUGACAUCUCCUGAGAAGCUUAGGUUAGCCCAUGGGGACAAUGCCUCAGAUUCCGGCAAUUCCCUAACCAGCUAUGACUCUCUGGGUAAACCAGUGGUAAAAGAAAAUACCCUACACAGCUCUGUCUUCAACAAGCUCAAAAGUGAAAAAACGGGCAGGUAUUCUGAUUUGGAAAAGACACAGCCUCUGGGUCUCAUCACUGACAGGAAUCGAAGUCCGUCUUCUCAUAGAUAUCAGGAUCGAAUGAGGUCCCGCAGCAGAAGCAUAUCAUACCAAAGCAGAUACUCGAGGCGCUAUUCCAGAAGCCGAUCCCUGUCUUCAGGGAGAAGAUCACAUUCCCGUUCAUCCAGUUACUCCCUGGAUUCACAAAGAGACAGUUUGUCUAGUGUGAGCAGUUACCACACUCUAAAUAACUCACGGUGCACACGAGACAGGUUUCGAGAGCGGAAAAGGGACUGCAGUUCCUGCAAGAGCAAAAAGCACAGCAGGAGAAGACCUUGUUCCCCAAUGAGAAAGAGAAGAAGAGAUUCCCCCAGUCACCUUGAAGCCCGUAGAAUUACAAGUGCCAGAAAGAGGCCGAUACCCUACCACCGUCCCAGUCCCUCCGUCAGCAGCCGAUCCUCCAGCCUCCUGCCCUGGCGCCUGUUUUCUCUCAGUCGCAGUCGAACUCGCAGUCGUUCACGGAGUCGCAGCCGGAGUCGCAGUCACACUUAUUCUUCAUACAGGAGCUACAGUCGCAGCUCAUCGUGGAACUCUAAAUAUAGCAGAUGCAGACGCAGUCGGAGCAGAAGCUAUGACUCAGUGGUGAGCUAUAGCAGAGCCCGUCGCUAAUUUACGGAUGAACCAGAUGCCAGAAUGCUGAGCUACAGCGCAAUCCCAGGACCGCAUCUUACUGUAACUGGAAGUGAAAUGGAGCAACACUGAGAACAUGCUGUGCUUAGAUGUGGAACACCAGCCAGUGACAGGAUCAUCUGUUCAGUGUCAGAUAAGACUGAAGUUUUCCAUAUUGUUGUGUACUAAACUGUGUGCUUUCAUCCAUCCUGCUCAAAUGAAAACUUGUCUAUCAAUCACAAAGCCUGCUGUAGUAGGAAGGACCGGACCGGAGGUUCCAAUAUGUGUGCUGCAAUCAGUGAGUUCUGCUAUACCUUGUUCUUCUCAUAGGUGUGAGGAUAUUGUUAGACAUUUAACAAAACAGCCAUAGUAGAUAAAAAGUGCACUCACUCACGAGACACUCAUAAGCUCGACUGUAAAAUCCCAUGUAUGAAUCUAUUGUAUUUUUGUAGUUUUCUUUUUUAUAGGAUAUGUCAAAAGUGCUUGAGGAGAAAGAUGUAUUGCUUCCAUAACAGCUUUUACUGAGAGCAGCCGCUUCUGUGUUGCACACACCUUCACUUUUGAAAAAUGUGCCAUCCGAAUCGGCCCCACUGGCAAAUGCACACCCCAUCAGCCCAAAUGCCAGCUUUAUUUAUCUUCUAUUGAACUGGAAAACAAUUCAAAUGUCAUUGCCCGUGAUGGAGAUGAUGAUGAUGGUGGUGGACAAUCAAAAUGCAGGUGUGGAACCAUUUUGCGGGUCCAGCUGUCCGUACUGUUACCAAAUAUGUUAAAGUACAUAUUAAUUUAAAUUAAUAUUUAUAUUCAUUGGAUUCAAGGAUGCAUCUGAGAGAACAAAGAAAAGGUACAAUUUCCCUGUUGUGUUGUUUCCAAGAUUCAAAGCACUGCUAUACUUUAUUAUUGUUGUUGUUGUUGAUGUUGUUGUUUUUGUCAUUUUUAAAUGCAUUACCCUUGAGCUGUGUAAAAUUAUUUAUUAUUUUAAUGCCUAGUUUUUUGUAUUUUUAACUCAUUUCUUUUGGGUCUGCAAAUAGUGAGGUACAGAUAUUUAUUAUUUAGAUCUCUUGAUUUAUUUAAUCACACACUUCACAUAUUGUAAAUGCCGAUGAUAUUUAUAAAUAUGAAUAUUUUAUAAAGCAUAUUUAUUGGUUGUACAUCAGUGGAACAGCAGAGAAACUAUUACAGACUUGGAGAAAUGAAGAUGGUUGUCAUAAGAAAUCAGUCAGAGUGUCUAGAUCAAGGAUUUUUUUAAAGGAUCAAAGAUAUAUUUGGAGUGCGAUACAGCUUGAUGAAAUGGCGUGUAAAAAUCAUCACCUUCAUCGCGACAGAUGAUGGCAGUUUCUUUGUUUCUGUGUCAUAAAGUCUAUUUGAAUGCUUGUUAAACGAAGGCAUGGUGAUCUCUAUGCACUGUAUAUUAUUAGCUGUCUGACUGUUGUGAAUUUGACACUUGUACAGAUAAGUUGAGGAGGGGGGGGGGGGGGCUUUAUAUGUAUCACAAAUGUUUUAUCUGAUCUCAACCAUAAAUGAGUUUAGUAAAUGAUUAUGUAAAUCUGUUGUGUAAAUAUGCAAACUUUUAGUAUGGCAAUAUUAGGCAUGGGCUGUAUUUAUUGAGAUGGAGUAGUGGUGUUGACUCUUUACAAGGCUGGCUUUUAAUUUACAUAAUUUGCAUUCCUUCUAAAAAAACAAAAAAGAAAACAUGCUGAAAUGUUGCCAUGAAUCCAACCUAUUUUACAAAAUCCAAGUGAAAACAUUCUACAGGAUGCCAUUGGUUUCUGUAAUUA